GCUUUCCCGAAAAUUCAGUUCGGAUUUCAGUUCGGAUUUGAGUACCACGCGAUGAAGACGACGGCUUCAAUUAAUCCAGAAUUAGGCGUGCAGUGAUACACGGGGUGCUAUAUAUUUGCUUAGAAAUGGCGAAGCUGUUGUUAAUAUUCAGUAUUCUUACAAUUCUCGCAACGAUACACGAUUCUAGUUUUGUGCAGGCGGAUUUAACAACUAAAGAGCGAAUUAAGAAACAUCAAGAUUGGCUCAGAGAGCACCGAAAACCCAAAACGAAAAAGAAAAUCUCAAAUAACUCAUAUUAUGAGCUGGCAAACUUGUGGCAUACGAGAAAGGAUCUAUCACCCAAGCAAAAACCGAAUAAUAAGGAGGAGUACUUGGAGAACGAGACCACUAGUAAAAUAUCCAACAAAUCCGAUGAAAAAGUAUUAAAGUCAACAACGAUUAUAUCAUUGAAUGGCACCAAUCCAAGUACAUCGACUUCCAAAUCUGUACUGGAAACCACGACAUUACCAAGUGUGACUACCAAGGAUCUCUUCGAAAGUGGCAAUGUGGCGACCACAAGACAGACUCCAAAAGUGGAGACGGUGUUCUCCUCUCCCAAUCCACCGCAAGAAGCAACUUCGGUAACUUCGAAGAAGGCAAAAAAGAAGGUAUAUCCAUAUCCACGGUGGGACAAAUGGAGUGACUGGAGCUCCUGCUCCCGAAGCUGCGGUGGUGGCGUUAAGUAUCAGGUUAGGAAAUGCAUCAAUCGUAACCUAUUGACGAAUAAUCAGCUUACGAGUAAUGCAUGUGUCGGAUACUUUAAGCGGUAUCAACUGUGCAAUGAUGUGCCAUGCGACGAACAAUCCCCGGAUUUUCGGGCCUCCCAAUGCUCGACUUACAACGAUAAAGAUUUUCAUGGUCAUCGAUAUAGGUGGGAACCCUAUGUGAAGGAUGACGCUGAAUGUGAGCUGAACUGUAUGCCGUUUGGAAUGAAAUCUUUUGCUACACUGAACGAAUCCGUAAUUGAUGGAACUCCAUGUGGACAUCCAGCUGAAUAUUUUAGGUCGCAAUUUUGGGAUCGCGCUGUUUGUGUGGAUGGAGCUUGUAAGGCAGUGCAAGCCAGUGGCGAAAUCGAUGGAUUGUAUGCGCACAGUGGAUCCGUGAGCUGUGGAGGAUUACUUUGCCGGCCUGUCACGGGCAUCUUCACCAGAGAUCCGCUGCCGGAACAUGCCUAUAUACAUGUUACCACACUGCCAGUGGGUGCCUCCAAUAUUUCGAUAACUGAACUCAAGAAUAGCAUCAACUUGCUGGUUCUGCGCACCUCCAAGGAGCUGGCCAUUUUCAAUGGAGAGAACACUGUCUCGGAGAGCGGAUCCUACGAAGCGGUUGGUGCCGUCUUCGACUAUCAUCGAAUCGACGGAGCUGAGGACAGCAAUGGGGUGACCGAGUGGAUCACGAGCAUUGGACCCAUUCGGGAUUCAUUGCAACUUAUGGUUUUCACCAAGUCUGCCAAUAAUACUGGCGUGAAGUACGAGUACAUGCUGCCCAUAGUUUCCGAGUCCGAGGAAAACGAAAUGUCGCUGGAAAGCAGCGAUGGCCUUUUGAGAUCCGGAGUGGAGGACACAAGUUCAUCCAGUAGCUCUCGGGCGGGACGCAAGCGUAUCUUUAAUUGGAAAGUAAUUGGGUUCAGUGGUUGCACGAAAUCCUGUGGCGGCGGCACGCAGACACCCAUCAUCCGUUGCAUUCGAAAGAAUCCAUUGCGGUAUUACUCGCAGCGACGUUGCAUGCACUCCGUGAAACCGGUGUUGAACGAGAACCUAUUGCACUGCAACACGCAACCCUGUCCGGCGUAUUGGAGAUUGGACGAUUGGGGCGAGUGUCGCUGCUCGUCGAGCGGCGGCCUGCGGCGCAGGGAGGUGAGCUGCGUCCAGGAACUGGCUUCCGGACUGGUCAUACACGUCGAUAAGGCCGCCUGCAUGGAGGAUCAGCCACCCCUGCAAAAGCAGUGCGAAUGUCCCAAGAAUCGGCGACGCAAUUUAUCCCGAUACCGCCUGUCAGGCACUUUGGAAUCCUCAUCGAAUAGCAGCCAAGUGAAGAGGAGCAAAAUCGAUGGUAGCGACGCCACGGCUAUUUGGUUGACGUCCGAAUGGAAUCAGUAUUGCUCGGUCACCUGCGGUUCGGGCGUUGAGUAUCGCACAGUAUUCUGUGAUCGCUCCAAGGCUGGCGAGCAGCGAUGUGAUCCCAGCACCACACCCGAAAGUCGUCGUCCUUGCGAGAAGCCCGCCUGCGAGGUGGGUGAUUGGUUCACUGGUCCUUGGUCAUCGUGCAAUGGCGAUUGCUUCGAUUUGACACGCACCCGCGAGGUGCUGUGCAUCCGGAACCAGCUGAUCACGGAGCACAGCGAGUGCACGCCGGAGCUGAAGCCGCAAUCCGUCGAGAAGUGCUCCCACGAGGAGGUGGAGUACUGUGCCGCCCGUUGGCACUACUCGGAUUGGUCGGAGUGUACCAAACCAUGUGGUGGUGGAACCCAACGACGCAGUGUGAGAUGCUUGGAGUACGACAUCAAGAUGAACGCCUUGCGGGAAUCAACGCAUUGUCGCUACACCAACAGGGAGCCCAUAUAUCGCAAUUGCAAUGUGCAAGCGUGUGCAGAAGUUCCAAAAACUGAAGUGACUCCAGUCUGCGCGGAUAAGUUCUCCAAUUGCCAGUGGGCUUCGCAGGCAAAGUUAUGUAGCUACGAUUAUUACCGCGAUAAUUGUUGUUUCUCCUGCACGGGCGGCAUUUAAAGUUCGUAGUUCGUAAGAGUCUUAAUUAAUUUAUAAAACGACUAUUUAACCGCCGUGCAGAAUAGUUAAAAAACAUAUUAUCAAGCUUUACCCCCCGCAUAUGACAUUUUGUUAACUCUAGAACUUAGUAUUUCUGACACUAAAGCUCAAAAGCAAGCUUGCAGGGAAAUGCAAAAGUUAAAAAUAUCCGAUCGAAAAGAAUGUAUUAACGCAAAUCAAUAACAACAUACUAAAGUAAACUAGAUGAAGACUAAAACAUAUUAUUUAGUGAAAUUAUAAUAUUCUUAAACGUAACAUUAAGAAACGAAAAAACUAUGUUGUUUCAUACGCAACCAAUGAAUUUCA